CAUGCGCGGCCCCGCCGUGUCCCCCUGGGGUCUCCUCUGGCUGUGGCUCCCGCUGGCCGCCGGCCGCCCCGGCCGCCUCGACAAGGUGCAGGCCGACACCCGCAACCUCACCCGCACCCUCAGCGCCCGCAUCCAGCAGCUCCAGCUCUUCCCCCUGAGCCUGAAGAUCAGCGGGCUGGAGGCCAUCCCGGGGGAGGGGGCUCCGGAGGGGCUGGGGGCCAUGGACCACCGCCUCCAGCUCUUCCAGCGCCUGCUGGGCCGGCUGGCGGCCGCGGGGCUACCGCUGGCCCAGAUCGCCAACGACAUGGAGAACCUGCGCAGCCUCCUGGGGGUCCUGGGCGCCCACCUGGGCUGCAGCCCCCCCCGCGCCCCCCCGGGCCCCCCGGCCCUGCCCGACCCCCUGGCCGAAGCCCCCCACACGGCCGCCGGGCUGGCCCUGGCACGGCUCCGCGUCUGCCUGGACGGCAUCGCCGCCCGCCUCGACGGGCACCCCGCCUGCUAG